AAAGUCAGAAUAUAAAUUAAAACCCCUAAAUUCCCAUAUAUUACUUAGCAACAAUAAACCUUUUUUAAUUUUGGGCACAACUCUAGAACUCGCAGAUUUGGCCUAAAGUCCGCUAAAAGAGUAUCACAGUUGGUCGACGACGCAUUUCGCCAGCUUAUUUUACCAAACAAUAGAACAAAAUAGAGCAAUGUUUUCGAUUUUCGGGAAACGCAAGCCCGCGGAAACGCCCACAGAGGAUCAGCCCAUUCAGGGGCCGGCGGAGGCCUCUCGUCCAGGCACGAGCGGUGAUGAUUUCGUGUUUAUAGAGCGGAAACCAGGACCGGAUGCACAUCAUUCGGGUGCUCAAUCCGGUUCCAUGUAUCCGCCCAUGCCACCAGCGGGCUACCUGCCCUACCCGCCGAUGCCAGGACCGCGCGGCGCACCACCAGCCGGCGGUCAGGUGAAGCUGCCCGGCGCCCAAGGACCCGUCAACUACUUGCAGGACAUUCCCUUUGAGCUGGCACCCGGACUGGACACCAAGGAUCGCUGCACCAGCACCCAAAUGCACGUGGACAGCAUCCUGGCGCUGCUCACGCGCCAAAUGUCCGUGGACGAGCUGGCCGAGGAGUACACCUUCGCCCUGGAGCGAUCCGUGCAGAAUGAGUGUUACUAGCAUUAGUCCGUAGAUCCACUGGUUAUUAUACAUAUAAUAAAACGUUGCUUAUUUAAUUGUAAA